CCACAUCCGGUGGAACUUCUGGCUUUUUAAGUGUGUCGAAGAGAAUGAAAAAUGUCAUAAAGGAUUAGAAUUUUUGUCUCCCAUCAAGAUGCUGCCUGACUGCUGAGUUCCUCCAGCAACUUGUUUGUGGUUAACCGAUGCUACUGAGGAAUCAGGCAAAGGUGGAUGAAGAGUUCAAGGACAGAAUGUUUAAAAAAGCAGUACGGAAACUCGCCAACCAGAUUGAUUCUGGAGGUGAACUGAUCCCAGCGACCAGAGUGUACGAGUCGGAGAAGUUUAAGCCUCUGUGCCUGGUCUGCAGGAGAACAGGGGGCCCAUUCUGGAGACAGGCAAAGUACAGUUGCACUGAGUACAAACUGAAGCAGAUACUGAUCGAUGAAAUCAACUUACCGACAGUUCAGCAGAAUGAUAUGUCCUUCCAGUUUGUGGAGUCAUUAGAGAGGCCGAUGAAGGGAAUGGCAAAGCUCGGUAUCGAUCCAGUGGUGGGAAAAGUUGAGAUUACAGAUAAAGUGUGCAAAACCAUUCAGCUGAAAGGAACAAAACAAGUUUACGUCAGUGUCUCAGAUCUAACUGAAAGCCUGGAAAACAGAAAAGUCGGGCGCUCUUGGGAGCACAUCAAAAACAAUUACUCAGGAGAUCUCUGUGUAGUGACUGAAGCGUUAAUGUCUGUACAACCCAUCACACUGAAGAAAGUAAAUAAAAGAGGAUCAGAACUCUACAUGACUUUACCUUCCAACUCCGCGGUGGGUGCAGAAUACAACCUUUUGACAGAAAGCACACUGUGCAUUCCUGAUGGAGCAGUCCUUGCCUACAAGGUGUGGGACAUGACCGUUACAAAAGAUGGCACACUGAGCCUAUCAAAGCCAAAAAAGAAGAGCCAGACAAGGUCUUGGAUGUGCCUGGAUAAUAUGGAUGUUAAUGUAAAAGAAGAGUUCCAAAUCUGCUGUGAGCUAGAAUGUCUCGACAAUGGGUUGAAACAACAUCUCCUGGACCUCGUGUAUCAAAUCAUUGAAGACUCUGAACUGCAUUCAAUUCUGAGUGACGUGCUCUCUGAUGCUUGCGCUGGAAUUGACUAUAAACUCACCGAACUGAACACACUGGAGAAAAGCAGAAGAGAAUGUGCAGAAAAUCUCCUGGCAAUCUGGAGUGAGGACCAAUUGAAGAAUGCAGCUGAAGACAAGCUUCUUAAGGCCGUCACUUUUCUCUUGGCAGCUUUGGAAGAUCUACCACCAGCAACAUUGCCACUGCUAAUCCAAAGCCUGAAGAUGCAGAUUCUGUCUCAGCAGCUCACCCUGGUCACCACCAUCCUUAAGGAUCUAGAACACAGCCAAGCCGACCUGGCACUAAAAGAGGAGACCCAAAGUUUCACAGAGGAUGCGUUUGGAGUAACUGCAGAGUUGCUGAAUGAAAUCGGGCUUCACCUGGAGAAAGGCCGUGUCCAGAAGAAGGGGGAACUGAUUCUCUGCGAACUGUCCGUUGCUCUGUACUGUCUAAAUGCACUAAGCAGCCAAUGAGGGAAUGAAUCAAGAUGGUCUUCACACCCAAAUUGCUUUGAAUAAUCUGUCUAUAAUCAUUAUUAUUUUAUCCGAGAUGAGGUAUAAUCAUAAACUUCUGCGUUAAUUUUUAAUUCCUUCACCCAUGACCAGAAAUGUCCAGAAGUAAUAAAGAUGUAUGAAAAAGACAGAUCAAAAUUUCUAGUUAGUUUUCUGAAAGAUUUAUUUGAACCACGUUUGCUGCACAAUCCUGUUUUGAUUAUAACUCCCUCAUCAUUAACAAUUGAAUUGUAUGAUAUGACCAACAAAUUUUAUCCUAUUUAUUACAAACUUUAAAGCCCUUGUAAAUUUGUUGCGAGGUCUGUGUAACAUUUACAUUUCAUCCUGCCAAUGCAUGUGCACUAUUCUUACAAACGGGCCUUGUACUUUGAGAUGGUAAUCAAAACAAAACCACACCUCCAAACCUUUGCUUAGAUUUUUUUACACACUAAUAAAGCUCUGUUUUA